UGGCAGACUCAGAUUCUGUGAUCUUCUUCCUGAUUCAUUUUAACAAAACCCAACAAGCAAAGUGUGAUGAUAAUAGCCGUAGAUCCCCACCUACAUUUUCCUAUAUAAACAUUCACACAUCAUCAAUGUUCUAACAAUUUCUGUGGUUGCACUUGGUGUGUGAGAGGUGUGCGUGUGUCGGUGUGUGGGUGUUGGUGUUAUUCACGUGUACCUUGUUGCUCAGUCAAGGAUUGUAGCAUGCAUUUGCUUUGAAUUAUACAUAUAGGGCAUAUAAAAUUAACUAAACUAGAAGCAGCAGAACAGCAACCAUGGCUUCCUUGGGGGAAGAACGUGACGUUCAAAAGAGCUACUGGAUGGAACACUCCGCAGAAUUGACUGUUGAAGCUAUGAUGCUGGAUUCACAAGCGUCCGAUCUCGACAAAGAAGAGAGGCCUGAGUUACUCUCUCUCCUGCCGCCCCUUGAAGGAAAAUAUGUCGUGGAACUAGGGGCAGGAAUUGGGCGUUUCACAGGCGAAUUAGCUAAGCAGGCUGGUCAAGUCCUUGCUAUUGAUUUCAUUGAAAGUGUGAUCCGUGAGAAUGAAGUCAUCAAUGGGCGCUUCAAGAAUACUAAGUUCGUGUGUGCUGAUGUUACAUCUCCUGACCUGGAUAUUUCACCAGGUUCUGUCGACUUGAUUUUCUCAAAUUGGCUACUAAUGUAUCUCUCAGACAAAGAGGUGGUAACCAUGGUUGAGGAUCUAGCUGAAAGGAUGGUUAAAUGGUUGAAAGUUGGAGGUUUUCUCUUCUUUAGAGAGUCUUGUUUUCAUCAAUCAGGUGAUUUUAAAAGGAAAAAGAACCCGACACACUAUCGUGAACCCAGAUUUUACACAAAGGUCUUUAAGGAAUGCCAUAUGUCUGAUGACUUUGGGAACUCCUCUGAAUUCUCACUUAUCACCUUCAAAUGUGUUGGAGCUUAUGUGAGAAACAAAAAGAAUCAAAACCAGAUCUAUUGGUUAUGGCAGAAAGUUAAUUCGCAAAAUGACAAGGGGUUCCAACGUUUCCUGGAUAAUGUACAGUAUAAAUGCAGGGGCAUAUUACGCUAUGAACGUGUCUUUGGUGAAGGCUUUGUGAGUACAGGGGGACUUGAAACAACAAAAGAAUUUGUGACAAAAUUGGACCUUAAGCCUAGCCAAAAGGUCCUAGAUGUAGGCUGUGGCAUCGGUGGAGGUGACUUCUACAUGGCAGAGGAUUUUGAUGUUGAGGUUGUUGGUAUCGAUCUAUCAAUAAAUAUGAUCUCCAUUGCUCUUGAACGUGCCAUUGGCCGCAAAUGCCUGGUCGAAUUCGAGGUUGCUGAUUGCACCAAGAAAACGUAUCCUGAUAAUACAUUUGAUGUGAUCUACAGCCGUGAUACCAUUCUUCACAUACAGGACAAGCCCGCGUUGUUCAAGUCCUUCUUCAAGUGGCUGAAGCCUGGAGGAAAAGUUCUUAUUACUGAUUACUGUAAAAGAGCAGGACCUCCAUCACCAGAAUUCCAAGAGUAUAUUGAACAGAGAGGAUAUGAUCUGCACGAUGUAAAGGCAUAUGGUCAGAUGCUCAAAGAUGCUGGUUUUUGUGAGGUUAUCGCAGAGGACAGAACAGAACAGUUCAUCAAAGUGUUGCAAAGGGAAAUGGAUGCUGUUGAGAAGAACAAAGACGAAUUCAUUCAAGACUUUUCUGAAGAGGACUAUAACGAGAUUGUUGGUGGAUGGAAAUCAAAACUGAACAGGAGCUCAUCGGGUGAACAGAGGUGGGGAUUGUUCAUAGCCAAGAAAAAUUGACUUGAGGGUUCUUCUUCGCCAGGCAAAAGGCAUAUUGGCCAUUUGGGUGUUUCUAGUACCAACAAGUGGUUGAGCUCAGCUGAGUUUCGUGGUUUCUGGGCUUAGAGUCACUGUUCCAUAAAUAAGCUUAAAUAGAAUAAAAUGGCAAGUAGGUGUAUUAGUAAUCUACAAUAUGGCAUUUUCAUGUUGUCCUUGCUCAACCAUAUCAAUGACUUUGAAAGUGAUGGACUUGUUUUCUUCA